UAGUAUCCCGGCACAAACGGCGCGCGCGCACGGGAAUUAGGCGCAGCGCGCUCCGGGCCAUGGCGGUCCUCGUACUGUGGUUGGUAGCUGGACUGGCGCCGCUUUUGGGAGUGAACGCACAAGACUAUCUUCAAUGGCAACCACAACCCGAUCGGACAGGAGACGGUUUUAGAGUUCAGCCAAAUUUGUACAACCAGUAUUAUCGGGGAAAUUUGGGAAACUCCCCUAAUAACGACAAUGAAAUCUAUAAUGAUCGAUCAUACGGAUUGUCAGGGCGUCCCGACCCUCCGUCCUCUUGGGAUCGGCCGCGUACGCCUGACCCUUCGCCAACUUGGAACCCCGGCGCAUCAAGGUUGACCCCGUCGCUGUCACCCGGUGUAGCAUCGUCCUGGGAUCGCCAACGACAAAAUGAAUUUGGUGCACCCACAAAUGUGUUAGUUGGUGGCAAUAAUUACGAUGUCUAUGACCCAGUUACAAAGCAGCGAACUUCUACAGAACGUAAUUGCACGGCGCCUGGAUGUUGCACACCGAAGUGUUUCGCAGAAAAAGGCAACAGAGGAAUUCCCGGUAUACCAGGUCCUCCGGGCCCGAGAGGUUUGCAGGGCCACGAAGGUGUGGAAGGUCCUCAAGGUUUAAAGGGCGAAAAGGGGCAAAUAGGACCUCAAGGACCCCGUGGGCCAAAAGGUGAAAAAGGCAAAACUGGAGAAAGAGGAUUCGAUGGAUCAGUGGGAGCACCUGGUCCUCAAGGUGACUUUGGAUUUCCUGGCCAUCCAGGGAGAGACGGAUGCAAUGGUACCGACGGCGUGCCUGGCCCAUCGGGCCCACCGGGUAUACAAGGACCCCGUGGUAUUCCCGGUCCCAGAGGAGAUAAAGGUGACAAAGGAGAACCAGCCGCUGCUGGCCGAUAUCCAAAAGGUCAAAAAGGGGAACCGGGAGACAACGGAUUAAAUGGAAGAGAAGGUCCAAUGGGUCCGCCUGGUCGCGAUGGGCUUAAAGGGCCCAAAGGAGACAUGGGACCUAUAGGAUUGCCAGGCGAAAAGGGAGAUAAAGGUAUCAGAGGCGCAAAGGGUCAGGCAAUACCAGGUGAAAAAGGUGACAGAGGGGAUAAAGGACCUAAGGGGCGUGAUUGCGACACAGCACCUGCAACAAAUAGCAAUGUAACAUACAUAUCUGGAGAACCGGGGGCACCUGGAGAUAAGGGAGACAAGGGGGCGAUGGGGGAAAGAGGCGAUGAUGGAAUCCCUGGCGAACCAGGCCGAAAUGGGACACCGGGGAAGAAAGGCUCCAAAGGCAUAAUAGGAAACCCUGGUGAACGUGGCCGUGACGGACCUUACGGUGACCCUGGUCCGAUGGGAAGAAAGGGGGAUACUGGAAGCCUUGGUAUUGCGGGUCUUCCUGGGCGCCCUGGUUACAAAGGGGAACCCGGCCGCGACGGAGCUCCAGGGCCAAGAGGUCUUAGGGGUGUGCCGGGGGCACCUGGAGGUCGUACUGGUUCACGUGGUCCACCGGGUCCUCAAGGGCCUAGAGGCUACCCGGGGGCUCCUGGACCUAGCGGCAAUGACGGCAGACCAGGAGACAGGGGAGAAACAGGUCCGAUGGGUCCUACAGGAGGGCCCGGUGAACCAGGCACUCCAGGUAUUGAAGGUCCAGCCGGCCGGAAAGGCGAAAAAGGAGAACAGGGGCAAAUGGGAAUACAGGGAAGUGUAGGUCCCCGGGGAUACGAUGGACCACAAGGCCCUCAAGGGCCAAUGGGACCUAAAGGCGAGGAUGGCAUUUCUAUACCAGGAGGGAAAGGUGCCGGUGGGUUACCUGGUUAUUCAGGGCAGAAGGGUCAAAAAGGAGAUAAGGGCUACCCUGGAAUAAGAGGAGUUCCGGGCGAUUCAAAACUCGGUAGACCAGGAAUGCCAGGUCCGGUUGGAAAUAAGGGUGAUAAAGGAGAAAGAGGAGUACCAGGUGGCGACGGUCGACCUGGCGCUCCGGGUCCAAAAGGCGAUAUUGGUGGGCGGUGUAACGAAUGCUGGCCGGGACAGGCGGGCCUGCCCGGGGAACGCGGGAAUGACGGGCCGUCGGGUCCGCAAGGAGACAGGGGCCCACCCGGCCCACCUGGUGUGCCUGGACAACGCGGUGCUGAUGGCGUGGAUGGACGACCUGGAGCGCAAGGACCACCGGGCGAACAAGGUGACAGUGGGCCUAUAGGAGCACCAGGUCCAGCUGGAAAAGAUGCAAUUUGUUCAUUUGAACUGGUGAAAGGUGACAAAGGCGAAAAAGGUGACAUGGGGCCAAUAGGUUACACUGGACCCAAGGGAGAUCGAGGAUUGCCGGGUCCAAAAGGAAAUAUUGGAAGUGUUGGAAUGCCCGGACAGAAAGGCGAUAUAGGUUAUAUGGGGUCACCUGGAGCUGACGGCACACCUGGGACACCUGGUAUACCAGGUUCGCAAGGAGUGGAUGGUCGCAGUAUCAAGGGUCAAAAAGGAAUGGAAGGAGAAAGAGGGCUUAAGGGAAACAAAGGAGAAUUUGGUUUUAAAGGAUUGAAAGGUGAACCAGGCUAUUGUCCAAUUAGUAGCCUAAUAAACACAAAAGGCGAUAGAGGUUUACCGGGCCCACAAGGACCUCAAGGACCACCAGGAGAUAUGGGCCCGAAGGGAGACAAGGGUGAAAUGGGAUUGCCUGGACUAAAGGGUAAUACAGGCUAUCCCGGAUUGCCCGGUCCUGUUGGUCCUCGAGGACUUCCUGGACAAAGAGGCGAUAAAGGUGAUAUGGGGCCGAAAGGUAUAUCAGGAACGACUGGCAGCACCGGUCCUCGAGGGAUCCCAGGAAUACCAGGAUCGAAAGGAGACAAAGGCGAACAAGGCCUUGCUAUGGCUGGGCCCCCCGGCCCGCCAGGUCUGGUAGGCAAUCCAGGACUUCCGGGUAUGAGAGGACCUGCAGGUAUUCCAGGGAAAGAUGGUCCACCAGGUUUACCAGGUUUAAGGGGUGAGAAGGGUGAAAUCGGAAUUACGGGACUAAUGGGACCCCCUGGUAGACAAGGAGAUAAAGGUGAACCGGGUCCUGUCGGGGCAAUGGGUUUACCUGGGAGACCUGGUAUGCCAGGACGAGAUGGGCAAAAAGGACACGAUGGACUUCCUGGAAAAUCCGGUAGACCAGGUGUAAUAGGUUUACCAGGCCAAAAAGGAGAUAAAGGAAGUCCUGGCCCCGAAGGACUCAGAGGAUUCCCAGGAUUGCGUGGAAAAGCGGGACUUCCGGGAAGUCCAGGUUUGAAUGGAGCACCAGGCGAUAAAGGCAAUAAGGGAGCACAAGGAUUUCCUGGUUUGAAUGGAAAUCCUGGCACGGAUGGACUUCCAGGAAUUCCUGGACAACCAGGUGACAAAGGAGAUCAAGGACUUGCUGGUCCACCAGGAAUGCCAGGACUCCGUGGGUUUGAUGGCGAAAAAGGAGAUAAAGGCGAAAGAGGCUUUAAUGGAUCUAAAGGGGAACCAGGCUUUGCUGCUGAUAAGGGAGACAAAGGAAAUCCAGGGCGACCUGGUAUGGAUGGAAUGCCAGGAUUAAAUGGGGAAAUGGGAGAUAAAGGUGAUCGCGGAGAACAAGGCUUGCCAGGUCUUGGAUAUCGUGGCCUACCUGGUAUUAAAGGCGAUCGUGGGCUUCCGGGAGCCAGUGGAUUGCCUGGUAUGCCUGGAGAUAAAGGGUUCCCUGGAUAUGCAGGUCGACCAGGAGAAAAGGGUGAUAGAGGAAUUCCCGGUGAUAACGGUCCACCAGGACUACCUGGCAUGGAUGGUGCUCCAGGAUCCGAAGGCGCACCUGGUCUAGUUGGAUUGAAAGGAGCCAAAGGCGAUAAGGGUAAUGAAGGAAGAGCUGGCCGUGACGGUUUUUAUGGGUUGAAAGGAGAUGCAGGCCUACCAGGUUUUGAAGGUCCAAAGGGUGAUAUAGGUUAUCCUGGUCCAAAAGGAGAUCAAGGACCUCCAUGCCAGCAAAUAAAAGGAAUUAAAGGUGACACAGGUGCACCAGGAUUCCCAGGAGCAAAGGGUCAAAAAGGCGAAAUAGGACCAAUAGGCCAGCCAGGAAUAAGUGGUGACAAAGGAGACAAAGGCGACCUAGGAUUUCCUGGCCCCUUGGGACCUAUGGGCUUGCCUGGCGAAAAAGGAGUGCCUGGUCCAGUAGGCCCACAAGGCACACCAGGCAGAUCGACUGUAUGUGAAAAAGGUAUACCGGGUCUUCCAGGUAAAAAUGGUCGACCUGGUAUGCCAGGCGCACCUGGGUUAAUAGGCGAAAGAGGUUUACCAGGUCUUCCAGGAGUAGCUGGUGAACCGGGGACACCUGGAUAUCCGGGACUACCAGGAGAGAGAGGUGAAAAGGGCAAAGAAGGGGUAGCUGGUCCUCCAGGACAUGACGGUCAACCUGGUGUACCCGGGCCACCAGGUAUAAUAGGGGUAAAAGGUGAUAAAGGUGACCAAGGUCCCCCAGGAUACGGCUUACCAGGUGCACAAGGAGACCAAGGAUUACCCGGUAUGCCUGGCGAUAGAGGGCAAAAGGGUGAUAAAGGUGAAAUUGGAUUCCAAGGUCGUCAGGGACCUCCAGGACCAAUAGGCUUGCAAGGUGUGCCAGGAGAAAGAGGACCUACUGGUGCCAUGGGAUUCCCUGGAGCUAUUGGUCAAAAAGGAGAUAAAGGAGAAAGAGCGCUUAUCGUUUACGGAGCUAAAGGCGACCGUGGCCCUCCAGGUCCACCUGGAUUAAUAGGUCCUCCCGGACAAGAUUGUAUCCCUGGUAUUCCAUGCAUUGAUGGUCUUCCGGGUGAAAAGGGAGACAAAGGCGAACCUGGACCUAUAGGACAACCAGGUCCACAGGGUCCUCCAGGUAGAGAAGGGUUACAAGGUGAUAGAGGAGAAACUGGCCAAAUCGGUUUACCAGGACCACAAGGAAUUCCUGGAACACCUUGCUUGAAAACUGACUACUUGGCAGGAGAUUUACUUGUUCGUCAUAGUCAGACUGCGCAAAUUCCAACCUGCGAACCAGGCCAUAUAAAAUUAUGGGAUGGAUACUCCUUACUGUACGUGGAUGGAAACGAACAGGCACACAAUCAAGAUUUAGGACAAGCAGGAUCUUGCGUCAGAAAGUUUAGUACGAUGCCUUUCUUAUUCUGUGACCUCAAUAAUGUUUGUCAUUAUUCUAGUCGAAAUGAUCGUAGUUAUUGGUUGUCAACAAGCGAAGCACUGCCUAUGAUGCCCGUUGAAAGUAAUGAGAUUAUGAGACACAUUUCAAGAUGUGUUGUGUGCGAAGUUCCAGCUAAUGUAAUAGCUGUGCAUAGCCAGACACAAGAUUUGCCAGAUUGCCCUGAUGGCUGGUCCGAACUUUGGAUCGGAUACAGUUUUGCAAUGCACACGGGCGCCGGAGGACAAGGUGGUGGUCAAGCUUUAGCCAGUCCCGGGUCUUGUUUACAAGAUUUCCGCGCGUCGCCGUUCAUAGAGUGUAAUGGUGAAGGUGGCACUUGCCAUCAUUUCGCUAACAAACUCAGCUUCUGGCUGACUACCAUUGAAGACAGAGAACAGUUCGCAGUCCCACGUCGAAGUACACUCAAAUCAGGAGACAUAACGACACACAUAUCAAGGUGUGCCGUUUGCAUCAAGAAAACAUAGCGCUCACUUAACUAGCAAUCAAAAGUAAAUGCCUAGGUACCCUAAAUAAAUAAGAGGGGGAACACGUACUAUAUUACUGAAACACUAUCGUAGAGUAUAAAAUACAAAAUACAAAAGCAAACAUCAUUCUAUAAUAUAUUAGUACCAGUCGUUUCUGAAUAUUUGCCAUAAUAGUAAAAAGAAUAUUACACCAAAGCUAUUUUAUUUAAUUGUUAAGUAUAGUUUACUAUCCCUAGUUUAUUUAAAUAUUUUUUUACGUUAUUAAUGUGAUCUUUGUUUCUUUUUGUAAAAUACUUAUAAGUACCUAAAUACUUAAACUUUAUAAUUUUCUUAAUUAUAGUAUUAUUGUAACUACUAAAUAUAAGUUAUUUCAAAAUUGUAAUAUUUAAAUCACUAGUCACAGGCAUCCAGCAAGCAUCGCACCACCAAACAAUUUUUGUUUACCCAAGGGAAGAGGCUGAAGCAAAUCUUUAAUUUGCUAUUUUCGAUUGGAAAUGAUGUGCUUAUUGUAAACAGGAAUAAUAACCAUGGAGGACCGAAACAACUUAUAACGUUAAACGUUUUUUUUAAUUGAAGACAGUCGGUUUUAUUAUAUGUGUAUGUGCGUUUUAAACAAACAUGUAGUUUAGUAGGUACUUUACCUAGUUAGGUAAAGUACAUAUAUCUAUAUAUCUUAGUACAUAUAUCUAUAUAUCCUAGUAUGUACUUAUAUAUUUUUUAUCUUAUAAUUUAUUAUUUUAAAAUUUGUUACAAAUAUCAACACUCACAACACACUUAUCACUGUCAGGUAAUAAAAUGAAUCGGUUCAAGGGACGUACAUCGCAUAGCUGUAAUUCAAAAAGUUUAGAAAAUUGUUAGCGUUAUUUCAAGUCUAUAUAUUCCACUGGUCUUAAACAUCUUUUUUGUAGGGCUCACUAGUGAAAUGCAUUUACUUUCAUUUUAUCAUCGGUCUUAUUGCUUAAUAUAUGCAGCUCUCAGUACACAUAGGUACUAUAUACAUUCAUAACACGGUUGGGUGGUAAAUUAAGUAUGAAGAAAUAAGCACUGCCAUUGUAGAUAUCUACUAGGUAUAAUGUUAUUUUUAAAUAAUAGAAUACAUACUUACUUAUACGAAUAAAUAAAUAUGAAAAGUC